AUGGAAGGUUUCUGGCCACUGGAGGAGACGGUGUAUCCUCGCAUAUAUUUGUGGGACUUCCAUCAGGAGGACGUCAAGAAACCCUCGUUUGCUCUGAGAGGCAUCAAAGGAAACAUAUUUAGCCUCGCGUUCUCAGCGACGAACAAGUACCUACUCUGCGCCGGAACGUUUGAGCGAAUAUUGAAGUACGAUGUCGGCCAUAUCGGUACCUCGGUUCCUUCGCUUGCACCAGCUGCCGUGGACCAGGUAUUUCGCGAUCAUUCUGAAAGUAUCCGUGCAGUAACGUGCCACCCGACGCAUGACGAACUGUUUAUAAGUGCCAGUGAAGACGGCACCAUCCGACUUCAUGAUUGUCGCCAGCCGAACCCAUCGCCCCAGAGACUGAUGCAGGAGGUGAUCGAGACAGAGAACGAAGUCACUUCUGUUCAAUACCACCCAACAGUGGACAAUCUGUUCGUCACGAGUGAUGGGUGGGGAGCAGUCUGUCUGCGUGAUACCCGGAUGUCGUUUGGGGCAAUGUUGAAGAGGAGCGGGGAAGGUGUCGUCCAAACGUAUAACACGAAACUCGCCAAAGCAGCGGCGAAGUAUUUGAGCAAUCCUGAAUCCAGUAGCGUCACUUUCGACCGUGAUGGAUCGCGAAUCGCGGUUACCUUCACGCACUACUUGCCAACCAUAUAUUCAAUUUCUGACCCGAACCCUAUCGCUGUCCUCAGCGGACAACGUCUUCCUGAUGGCACCCCACUUCCGCCAGGGCAAAGGGGUUAUUCCAACUCAUGUACAAUGAAACAUGGUGCCUUCGGAGGGCCGGGCCUCGAUAUCGACGACAUGUAUGCUGGGGGUUCCGAUGACUUUUACGCAUAUAUUUGGAAGAUACCAUCCGUUAGACAGCUGCAGGAGCAGAGAAAGACGAUAUCGGCGCAUGAUUGGGCUGUCUACGAUGCUUCCUCAGUUGCAUUUACUGAGGGUCGGCUAGAUACCAAGAUCCUUCCAGUUGAAAUUUCAACUCCGUGGUGUAGGUUGACUGGCCACGACUCCAUUGUCAACACCAUUGUUUUCCAUCCACACUUUUUACACGUCGUCACUGCUGGUGUAGAAAAGAACGUCUUGCUCCAUAGUCCAACGCCGUCAUCUCCUUGCACAGAGAAUUUACCUCUUUCUCCGGCAGAAGUUCGACAGCUAGAUGACGCGGAUGCAGAGGAAGAUCGUGUAUCUUACCUCUCUGCACUGAUGGGAAUCGGGAUACGUGAUGGCCCUUCAGAAGAUGACUCUGAAAGGCGGACGCUGAGCCUCUUCGAUUCGUGA